UAUGCUCUUGUGGAGUAACGCUGCGCAAUUAGAGAUAGGCACAUUUCAAUUAUUUAAGGUAGUUUUGAAAUGAUUCAAGUCUUGCUUCCUCCAUAUAUCUUAAGAAUUUACGGUGUAAUACGAUAUGUAUAAUUUUUACUUCAAAAUGGCUAUGCUUGAUGACACAAAUGGUAAUACGCUGAACAUUAACAACUCCCCUGGGGAACUGGUAGGCGAUGGAACUGCACCACGCGUGGAAGAUUCGUCGAUCGCUAUGCUACAGUCAUCAUCUACUGACGACUUGAGUCAAAGUUUGUCUGAAUACACCGACGCAGAUGAAAGCAUAUCAGCACCCACAGAAUUGUUGGCGGAAUUUUUGUCCGCUGUUAUGAUACGCGACUACGUUAACGCGCUGCGAUACUGCAAGCAAAUUUUAGAAUACGAACCCAACAAUUCGACAGCACGUGAUUUUUAUCCGCAUAUCUUGUCGAAAAUCGACGCAAUGCAGACUGGUGAGCAACUGUCUGGUGAAAGCGACGAAAAUUAUAACAUGCAGUGCAGGUCACCGCUGGCUUCAUCCUCUUCGUCACCGGUGGUGAGCCGUUCGCCGUGCUCAUCCAAUCGAUCCAAUUACACCUCGUCAGUUUCCAUUGUUUCCUCUUCCGCAACAUCAGCUUCUGGCUUCGCUAUUGAAAACAUCGACCAAGACGAAGUCAGUAUGAUGUGUAGUGACGAUGAAAGUGACGAAUCAUCACAACUGUGCGGCGCUUUCUCAGAUUCCGGUUCAACUAGUGGUGGUCGGUGUCAAGAAAAGGCUGAUUGGCGCGUUCCUGUUUCCUUACGCAUAAACAGCGAUUCUUGCCAGCAUAUAAGUACUUCACCACGCAGGUACAGACUAGGGCGAACCUCAUCAAGGUCGUGUCGCAGCGUAGAAGAGGAAAGCAUCCGGCCCCAAGCUUCAUUAAGUGAAAACAACACUUCCCAAUCAUAUUCGAGCCUUUUACUGGAAGACGACGAAAAAGAUCUCACUCUGUCCGAUAUUUCUAAUCUUAAUAUCGAAGAAGAGGAGACCUCUAUUGGUAGGGCGCAAGAGACUAGAUACACACCACCAAAUCGUCCAGAGAAGCUUGCGAAGAAUACGGCUGGCACUCUGAUCUCCCACAACCUGCGACCAGCGUCCAUUUUUGCUUCUAGAUUGGUGGCAAUAUUGCGCUCUAAGAUAACAAGUCCCACGAAACGAGAAUCCUUCACAAAGGGAGAAGCAAACCCAAACGUUGGGAGCAAGAAAGUUGACGAAAAAAUUACAACGUAGAGUAGGGUAAAGGAAACAUUGCGUUAUUUAUCAAAAAAGUUUCCUAGCCAAAAACAUAUUUUGUUCGUUUAAAUAGUUGAUUCGGCCAAGAACUUAUGUUGCGUUAGUACAUUAUGUUGUUUUUCCUUUUAUAGUAACGAAAUAAUUUAUAAGCAAAACGAAGAAGCCGUUACUGUUGUGCAGCGUAUACGUCUCGCCAGACGCCGCUGGGCUGAUUAUGCCAUGAGAAUGGUUCCGUGGCACUCGGAAUGGUGGCACAACAAUGCUGCCGGAUAAACGUGGCGUACUAUACCCCUUUUGAUAUGGUGCCACUACAUCGAUAGCGAUUAGGAACGGCCGGGAAAUGGAAAAUGGAAACAUGGAAUGAGGCGACAACAUCUUGCUAAAUGAAGAAGGGAAAUACAUGAGAGUAAAACGACUGUCAAAAACAGAUUCACGUUGAACAUUAUAGUCUUAUUCUUAUUUCGUAUAGUCUUAUACCAUACUUCAGAUAUUUCAGCAAUCGACAGUUCUUUUCCAAACUGUCUAUGAAGCCUAUGCCAGAGGCAACCAUUUAAAAUGUUGCUGAUACUGAUUGUGUACUAUACCAAUCGCUGUGUGGAAGACCUGUAUAAUCUAGUAUAAAGUAAUUAGACUGUAACAGUUAGAACGAGAGCGUGGUGAUUACUUUUUGUGUUUUUGCUAGUAUGAGAAUGUUUUUGUGUGCAAACAAUUACUUUAAUGGAGUAAUUUCUGAGAUGUAAGGAUAUGGAGAAAUAAAAUCUGAAAACUAUCAUUUCCUAAAUUAAGAAAUUAAAAAAAGCGUAGACUUAGGAGUUUGUGAAUGGUGGAGUCAGCGGGAAUUUAGUGUAGAGCAGGUGUAGCUUACUUUUAAUCAUAGUUUUAUUUCCGUAAUAGUUAUUUAACAUUUAACAUUCAACUCCCGUGUAAAAUUAACAAAAUUUAAGAGAGUGGAAUUCUUCUUGUAAUCUCUAACAAUUAAGUUUAUGUAUGAAGAUGUGAGAGUGCUCAUGGCGUAUUUUUUAAUCUUUAAUAUAUACACUAAUUACGGAAAUUUAAUUUAAUUUUAUUUAAAUAGAGACAGCUAUUGUACGUCCGUGAAACUUCACAGACUUUAUAAAUAUUACAUCUAUUCAUCUAGAUACUAUUUAGGCAGCAUAUACUAUGAAUAAAUGUUUUCAAAAGGCAGAACACGAAUAAUAAAACUCAAAUAAUCUUUCCGAACAUGGUUUGUUCGUUAGGACACAAAU